AUGGCCUCGACCACUUAUUCGGGCGUCAACCAUGGCGCACAGGUUGGGAACAACUAUGGCACAUUCACCGCGGAAUUUCAUGCCGCUCCAGAGCGACCAGAAACCCCGCCUGAUCCUUUAUCGACCGUACCAUUCGCGCGCGACCAGGAUUUCGUUAGUAGGAGCACACUGCUUCAUCAGAUACGUGAGAAGAACUCGGUCCCAGGGUCGAGAAUAGCCUUAGUCGGCCUCGGUGGUGUAGGAAAAUCACAACUCGUCAUCGAAUAUUCAUAUCAGAUCCGAUCUGAAUCACCGACGACAUGGAUCUUUUGGAUCCACGCGAGCAAUCACGCCCGAUUCGAGCAAAGUUUUCGGGACAUUGCAGAUGAGGUUAAGAUCCCCGGCCGCCGGGAUCCCAAAGCCAACAUUUUCCAGCUAGUCCAAAAUUGGCUGCGAGAUAAGAAGAAAGGGAAGUGGAUUUGCAUCCUUGAUAAUGCAGAUAACCAUGAACUUCUCUGUUUGCCCCAAGCAGCCCUAAACACCGCUCAUACGAAAGAAGCAACGAAUGCUCUAGUGAAGCCACUUCUAGAAUACAUUCCUAGAGGCCGGAAUGGAUCUGUCAUUAUCACUAGUCGGAGCCGAGAGGUUGCGCUCAAGAUAGUCAAACACAAUGACUUGAUCGAAGUCAGACCAAUGGAACAGUGCGAGGCGCUGAAGCUUCUCGAGAAUAGGCUUGGACGACCGGCAGAAGCCCAAGAGAGUCGAAAAUUAGUGGAAGAGCUUGAGUUCAUGCCGCUCGCGAUCGUUCAGGCGGCGAGCUAUAUCAGAGCUCGAGCCCCUCGCUGUUCGAUAUCACAAUACCUUAGAGACUUCCAAGCAAGUGACCGUGAGGCGACCAAGCUUCUCCAGAGAGAGGCAGAUUGCUUAGAUCGGGACUGGGAAGCAAAGAACUCAAUUAUGGUGACGUGGCAAAUAUCAUUCAAUUACAUUCGCUCCAAAAAGACAUCUGCCGCGGACCUACUCUCUCUUAUGUGUUUUUUCGACCGGCAAGAAAUACCAGAAAGCCUUCUUCGGCUUGACCCUGAAGCUAGCCAUACCUCUACCUCCCACCUCAUUAACGACUCUAGUGACGGGGAGUCGUUCGAACCUCAUGAUAGUCCCGAUUUUGAAGAUGAUAUUAUAACACUAAAAAACUUUUCAUUUAUAUCCACUAGCGAGACCGGGACCUUCUUCACUAUGCAUCGGCUGGUGCAACUGACAACGCGUGCGUGGUUAAAAUCUCAUAGGAACAUAGACCUAUGGAGAGAAAGAUUUAUCGGUAUAUUAUACCAAAAAUUUCCGACUGGUGAAUAUGAGAAUUGGGCGAAGUGCCAGUCGCUAUUUCCACACGUUCGGUCAGCGAUGUCUCAGCAGCCAGAGUCAAAAGAUUCUCUAUUACAAUGGGCGACGAUCCUUUAUAGAGGUGCAUGGUAUGCUUUGAAAAGCGGCAAUAUGGCAGAUGUUAGGAGCAUGGCAUUUAAAUCGAGUAAGCAGAGAGUUAAUUUGCUAGGUGAUGAGAAUGAAGAAGCUGUUGCAAGUACAGCGAUAUUAGGAGAAGCAUAUUUACUCGAGGGCCUAUGGGAAGAGGCCGAGCAGCUCUUUGUGCAGGUGACGGAGACGAGCAAGACGAAGCUCGGCGUGGAUCAUCCUCAUACGCUGAUGAGUAUGGCCAACCUGGCAUCGACGUAUAGGAACCAGGGCCGAUGGGAGGAGGCGGAACAGCUCUUUAUGCAGGUGAUGGAGACUUGCAAGACGAAGCUCGGCGUGGACCAUCCCGACACGCUGACGAGUAUGGGCAACCUGGCGUCGACGCUUUGGAACCAGGGCCGGUGGGAGGAGGCGGAACAGCUCUUUAUGCAGGUGAUAGAGACUCACAAGACAAAGCUCGGGGCGGACCAUCCUGACACGCUGACGAGUAUGGGCAACCUGGCAUUGACGUAUAUAAACCAGGGCCGAUGGGAGGAGGCAGAACAGCUCUUUGUGCAGGUGAUGGAGACGAGCAAGACAAAGCUCGGGGCGGACCAUCCUGACACGAUGACGAGUAUGGGCAACCUGGCAUCGACGUAUACGAACCAGGGCCGAUGGGAGGAGGCGGAACAGCUCUUUGUGCAGGUGAUGGAGACGAGCAAGACAAAGCUCGGGGCGGACCAUCCUGACACGCUGACGAGUAUGGGCAACCUGGCAUCGACGUAUACGAACCAGGGCCGAUGGGAGGAGGCAGAACAGCUCUUUGUGCAGGUGAUAGAGACGAGGAAGACGAAGCUCGGCGUGGACCAUCCUCGUACGCUGAUAAGUAUAGGCAACCUGGCAUCGACGUAUAUGAACCAGGGCCGAUGGGAGGAGGCGGAACAGCUCUUUGUGCAGGUGAUAGAGGCUCGCAAGACGAAGCUCGGCGCGGACCAUCCUGACACGCUGACGAGUAUGGACAACCUAGCAUCGACGUAUAGGAACCAGGGCCGAUGGGAGGAGGCGGAACAGCUAUUUGUGCAGGUGAUAGAGACGAGGAAGACGAAGCUCGGCGUGGACCAUCCCUAUACACUGACGAGUAUGGGCAACCUGGCAUCAACGUAUAUAAACCAGGGCCGAUGGGAGGAGGCGGAACAGCUAUUUGUGCAGGUGAUAGAGACGAGGAAGACGAAGCUCGGCGUGGACCAUCCCUAUACACUGACGAGUAUGGGCAACCUAGCAUCAACGUAUAUAAACCAGGGCCGAUGGGAGGAGGCGGAACAGCUCUUUGUGCAGGUGAUGGAGACGAGCAAGACAAAGCUCGGGGCGGACCAUCCUGACACGCUGACGAGUAUGGGCAACCUGGCAUUGACGUAUAUGAACCAGGGCCGAUGGGAGGAGGCGGAACAGCUCGAGGUGCAGGUGAUGGAGACGAGGAAGACAAAGCUCGGGGCGGACCAUCCUGACACGCUGACGAGUAUAGGCAACCUAGCAUCGACGUAUAGGAACCAGGGCCGAUGGGAGGAGGCGGAACAGCUCUUUGUGCAGGUGAUAGAGACGAGGAAGACGAAGCUCGGCGUGGACCAUCCUCGUACGCUGAUAAGUAUAGGCAACCUGGCAUCGACGUAUAUGAACCAGGGCCGAUGGGAGGAGGCGGAACAGCUCUUUGUGCAGGUGAUGGAGACGAGCAAGACAAAGCUCGGGGCGGACCAUCCUGACACGCUGACGAGUAUGGGCAACCUGGCAUUGACGUAUAUGAACCAGGGCCGAUGGGAGGAGGCGGAACAGCUAUUUGUGCAGGUGAUAGAGACGAGGAAGACGAAGCUCGGCGUGGACCAUCCCUAUACGCUCAUGAGCAUAGCCAAACUGGCGUUGAUUUAUAGGUAUCAGGGUCGGUGGAAGGAGGCCGAGCCGCUCCAGGGGCAGGUCAUGGAGACUCGCAAGACAAAGCUGGGCGCGGACCAUCCCGAUACGCUUACGAGCAUAAACAACCUCGCAUUGACGUAUAGCGAUCAGGGUCGGUGGGAACUAGCCGAGCAGCUUCAGGUGCAGGUUAUGGAGACUCGCAAGACAAAGCUGGGCGCGGACCAUCCCGAUACGCUCACGAGCAUGAGCAAUCUCGCCUUCACGUACAGGAAACAGGGUCGGUGGGCACUGGCCGAGCAGCUCCAGGUGCAGGUCAUGGAGAGUCGCAAGACAAAGCUGGGCGCGGACCAUCCCGAUACGCUUGGGAGUAUAAACAAUCUCGCAUUCACAAUAAAAUCUUCAGGACGCAAUGCCGAUGCUAUCGAACUACUACGGACCUGUUUAGCCAGACAGGAAGAAAUACUAGGGAUGAAUCACCCGGACACUUUAUCUAAUUCUGCAACAUUGUUAGAAUGGGAAACGGAGAUGCUGGAUAUUAAUGUCUCAACCUGA